AUGCUAGCAGAUUCAUACUCGGUGCGGGAUGUUCGCGUUCAUCUGCGACACGUACGCAACCUGCUGCGGAGCCUCGACCUUGCCGGCCGCUCGCUGUCCUACCUGUCCUUACUCACCAGAGCACAUCCAGGAAGUGACAAUAUGGAAAAGGAUUCGGUGUCCCGCAGCCCUCCAUUUUACAUCCUGCCUGGAUGUAAGGAAAGACGUCUUAUUCCUCUGCAGCCAAUCAGAGACGACUGGAAGCCUCUGCAGUGCCUCAGAGUCCUGAACAUAAGCAGCUGGAACCCGCCUCCAGGAAACAGGAAGCUGCACGGAGACCUGAUGUACAUCAGCAUCCUGACGAUGGAGGAGCGAGAGCUCAGCAUCACCUGCUGCACACGGGGUUUCUACCUCAACCAGUCCACUGCCUUCAACUUCAACCCCAAACCUGCAGGUCCUAAAAUCCUCUGUCACUCUCUGGUCGAGCUUCUGAGCCAACUCAGUCCCUCGUUCAGGAAAAACUUUGUCGCUCUGCAGAAGAGGAGAGUUUAUCAGCACCCGUAUGAGUGCAUCCGCGCUCCGGUCCAGGUGUGUACCUGGGUGGCGCCUGCUGGAGGUCACAGCCUGGACUGUGUGACUGCAGAGGAGACAGCCGGACAGAGGCUGGGUUUGAUGGCGACACUGACGUUUGUGCAGAUUCGAGGCUGGAACGAGGAGCUGCAGAGAUCCAGGGAACUUCCCAGAGCUUCGCUGCAGGAGCGGCGGCGCAGAGACACGCGAAUCUUCAGGAUCAACAGUGACUUUGUGGCCGCUGCAGCUCAGGGUGCCGCGUCCAUGAUGGAGGGAAACGUCAUGCCGCUAAACCCGGGGGAGCCGCCGCACCUCCACGUCUUUGUGUGGAACAAUCUCUUCUUCAGCCAGGGGUUUGACAUGUCGGACCACUACGCGCCAGUAGGGGGCGAUGCUGCCGCUCACGCUGCUGCCAUGUGUGACCUGAGAGGAGUUCAGGCAUAUGCAUCCGUGGACACAGAGGGGCUCCACACACUCGGCACGGCGGUGGUGGAUUAUCGCGGUGUCCGUGUCACUGCUCAGACCGUCGUUCCCGGAUUACUGGAGAAAAACCUCGAGCAGAUAGUUUACGGCUCUAACGACAACGGGAAAACAGUUUUUACUCACCCACGGUUUUUGGAGCUUCUGGAUGAAAGCAGUAAGUCGCUGAGGAUCCAGCCUCACCGGGUCCUGGACCACAGCGGCAGCCCUGUGGAGCUCAGGUCGGCCAUCUCCACAGUCGGGAUAUUUGGCAGCGAUGGACGUCCGUACAUUUUGGACCUCCUGCGGACUUUCCCUCCGGAUCUGAACUUCCUGCUGUCGGCUGAGGCUCAGCAGGAAGUUCCCGCAGCGUGCCGCAGCUUCGGCUUCCCACGGCGUCACCGCCACGGCCUGGCCAGCCUCCGGUCGCAGCUGGUGGAGGCCUUCGUCCAGCACAGGUAUGAACUUUUUGCUAAAAUGGCGUCCGAUGACCUCGGCCAUCAGUUCGCCACAGAGAAACCCGAGGAACCUCAGAGACCUGCAGAACAAAAAAGAAGGAAUAUCAUCUGGAAAGCUUGUGAAAAUGUCGGCUCUGUGAGUGACUCUCGCUUUGACAUCCGCUUCAAUCCUGAUGUUUGCUUUCCAGGUGUGCGUUUUCCCUCCGAGUGUCUCCCGGACGUACAGAGACAGAGACGUCUACUUUGGGACGCUGCUGCGUUUCUUCUCUCUAAUCAGAUUCCUGCAGUGCUGAGGGACUGUCUCGACCAUACAGCCGUACCGAUGGAUGGAGCGACUCUGACCUCAGCGAUCCAUCAGCGGGGCGUAAAUGUACGAUAUCUGGGUGCCAUGUUGAAGGAGCUGGACAAGAUGGAGGAGAGAGAAAGACUCAGCCAUGUGCAGAGAAUUUCCAUCAGUGAAGUCAUCACCAGAAGUGCGAAACACAUCUUCAGGACCUACAUGAAGGAUGUGGAGCCUGCAGCUUUUUCUGCAGCUGUCAGUCAUUUCCUAAACUGCCUCCUGAGCUCGUCCUCCGCUCCUGUUCCUGAUUCCUGCAGCGAUGAGCUGCCGUCCCGCCACAAGAGCCGCCGCCGCCGAACCCAGAGCGACCGAGCGAACGUCCCGACCAGCAGUUUGUGGGCAAAACUGACUUCCGAUGAUCUGUGGAUCAGGAUCAAGACGGAAGCGGAAGAUUAUUACCACUAUACAUUUAAAAGUGAAAGCAUAGAAGAAGAAAUAGAAAAGCACAACCUUCAGAAGAUUUCACUUUUGAGAGAGAUGUCCAUCAAGACAGGCAUUCAGCUGCAGCUGAGAGAGUACGUGUUUGAGUGUCGACACAAGCCAGCGUUCAGCGAGGACGACGUGGUGAACAUGUUUCCUGUGGUCAAACAUCUCAAACCAACGUCAACUGAUGCUGCCGGACUCGUACAGCAAGCACAGCUGGCAGCACAGCAGGGGUUUCUCAGAGCAGGUGUGGACUUGCUUGGUCGAGCCCUGACUCUUUUCAGCAGUGUUUGUGGGAUCCUGCAUGAGGACGUUUCCAUGUGUCUGCGUCUCCUUGGGCGGCUCAGAUACACCUUAGGAGAAAAUGAUGACGCUCUCGUUCUUCAGGAAAAAGCUGUUUUGAUUUCUGAGAGAAUACAAGGGACAGACCAUCCACAGACCGUACAGGACUAUACUCAUCUGGCGCUGUAUUUCUUUGCCGGAGGCCGCCUGUCGACUUCCCUUCAGCUCCUGUAUCGCGCUCGAUACCUCAUCCUGCUCGUUAUCGGAGAAGAUCAUCCACAAAUUGCACUUCUGGAUAGUAUGCUGGGUUUAGUCCUCCAUGCCCUGAUGGAAAAUGAGCUUUCACUGAAGUUCCUGCAGAACGCCUUGACUUUAACCUCUAAAUAUCACGGUGCAAAAUCACUGAAGCAUGCACACAGUCACCACGUGCUUACCAUUGUUUAUGAAAGCAAAGGGGAGUUUCAUUUAGCUCUGCAGCACGAAAAAGAGGCUUAUAUUAUAUAUAAAAAUCAGCUUGGUGAGAGCAGUGACAGCACAAAGGAAAGCUCAGAAUACCUGCAGAGGCUCACGGAUCAGGGUGUGAUCCUCCAGAGAGCCAUCCGCCACGUUGCCUCUGGCAAACCCAGUGCCUCUGUCUCUCCUCUGAGGUUGCCAAGUCAUCCUGUGAUUCUUCAGCAGCUCAACCUGACUUGUGGGAUUACUUUCAUCCCACCCAGUGAAAAAGAGCUGAGAGCAGAACUGAACGAAAGAAGAAAAGUUCAAACAGAAGACGUGGCAUAUCAAUUAUUAAACCAAAACGGCAACAAGCAGCAGCUCUGAACUGCGGACCGAAAUGAAAACCACUGCAGUCCACCUGCUUGUUCUGGGGAAAUGGCUCAGUGAGAAACUGGGUUACCCAGAUUCAGUUGAGUCCUUUAGAAACUACAGCAGCUUCUGAACGGCUACAGAUGAGUGAAAAACUAUUUCAAAAAUUGUCUUUAAUGUAAUGGUAUAAUCUGACAGUAAAAAUGACAGAUAAAGCCUUUAAUCUGUGUGUGUUACUUAGUGGAAAACAAAAUGAGGAAUAUUUAUAUAUGUAUAUUUUAAAAUCACAAGUGCAAAAAUCAGUCUGCAUGCCUUACAAUUCCUGCAAAAUAAAUGCAACAGAAUGUUUGUAAUGUAUGUUUUCUUUUUUAGUUAAAUAUAAUAUCGAGAAACUUUUAGUUUGUAUUUAAUGGUAUCUUGUGUCCUCGAGGAAUAAAGUGCACAAUCAUACUUCAAACAAGGCAGAUUUGUGUUUAUCCUAAUAAAUAAUAAAUCCCUCACUGUAAUAAAAAUGUUUCUAGUUUACGGAAAAUUAGCAGCUGCAGAAUUUUAUUGUAUCUGUAUGGUAAGUCUGCAUGAAUAAGAUAAAUCUGUAUAAAUACUGUAAAAUUCUGGCAACCACAUCUG